AUGGACGCUGAAACCAAAGCCCUCAUCCUCAAAGGCCGUCAUCCUGCCCAAAUCCACCUCCCUCGCGAGUACUCUGUUGCGUGGCGUGUCCGAGACAUCCCUCGCAGCAUCCGACACUUGCAAAAGGAGUGGGAGGAACGCUUCGACCGCUACGAGGCCGGAGAGCUCGACGCCCUUGACCGGAAGCCACCAAAGCUCGAAGCCGAAGAAGCCCCACGCCCAACUCUUCGCCGAAUUAAUCGUCGUCUCCCUCUCAAGAACCGCACUGCCAUCCGCAGAGGCUACUUUGAGCAUCCUGCCCUCCGCAACGAGUUCGAAGUCACUUGCGUCCUCGACUACCACACCUUCGCGUUCGAUCGCACCGAGUUCUACCCGUGCAACAAUCCAACAUGCCAGCUGCAUAUGCGACGGCUCCAAGAACUCAACUCACGUCUCAAAGAAGACCUCGAGCGGCCUCGCGUUAAAGUGGCUGAAGCGUCUAUGAGCCUCAUCAACUACUGCAAUCAAACACGAGACUACAUGGUGCCUUCGGUCUGGGGACAGGUUGACAGAAAGGAAGAUCCUUACAACCCUCAGUCUGGAGGAAGCGAAGGAUGCUGCAGUGUCAUGUAA